AUGGCUGAGGACACGGACAUUGAUGGUCUCGGUGGGCCUGUGGAGAGCCGUCCAUGGAUGCACAGCAGGACGCCGUCCCGAGACCUCAUUACGUCCUACCAGGAGAGCCCGGAGUCAGUGGGAAUGCCUAGGCUGGUGCCGUCACAGGUUGCUCCCGGACCUACCAAAAUUAGCAUCCCGAAGGAUGUCGACGUAACCAGCGUGGAGGAGUUUUGGCAGCGAAGGGAGGGCCCUCGCGAUGUCAGUAGUUUCUUCUCCUUUGACCACUUGGCCCAAGACCAGGUGACCUCUGUGAGCUGA